AUGACAGUCAAAGGCAAUGACUUGGACUUUGGGUAUACCCUAGACUUACCUGGUGGUCCUCUCUGCUUUUCGACAGCUGAGUGGGCUCCCUCUGAGGCAUAUAUGUCACAGAAUUAUGAGUCCCCCAUUCACACAGACCAACUCUAUGCCCCUUAUGCAAUGAACUGGGUUACUCUUCAUGCUAUCAUGGAUCCAGAGCAAUGCCAGCUUCAUGGUGGCCGUAGUUCUGGUGGAAAUUAUGUGGAUGUCUCCCUCAAGGUAGUGGUGAAAUGUGCCACUGACACAGUCAUGAGUAUGCAACCCUGUUUCCAGCAUGGUACAACCCUUGCUCGAGAUGGUGUCUGCAGACAAGGAACUGCCAUCAAUUUUUCGAGGCACAUCAAGCAAGCCUUCGAUGAGGCAAUUGCAAUUGAAGGUGAUGUCAAGGCAAUGAUUCAGCAGCAUAGGAGUCAACUUCAAGCCUGGCAGCAACAAAGGAACCCCAGGCAACACCAGAAACGAAACAAGAAAAUAAUGAAGAAUCAGUCAUGCAAGAUCCUGCUGAUUAUCAGGAGAAUUCGGAACGGUGGCGAUGGGCCCGAAGUUGAGGUAUUUUCGAACGUCACAGAAGAUGAUUAUGUAUAUGUUUUGGAUGCUAUCGGAUGUGACGAUAAACUAAUUCGCAAACCGUCAUACAUCCCCAGCCUCCACCAAAUUGUCGCCACCCUACCAUGCCCAAUUCACGAGUCGAUCCUUGUGCCUUUGCGCACUGCGAUGGGGAUCAUCGUCGAGUCUCUCGCCAUCCCUGACGACUUCGAGGUCUCCUUACCCAUCCAUAUGGGGCGUAUGGUAGACGCGCCCGCUACCGCAGAACUUCCUCCUCAGAUGAGACUCAGGACCCGUGAUGCCGACAUCCGUCCCUACUGGCCAUUCGAGGUGUCCGUCUCCCAAACUGCUGAAGGCGCCGUCACGAAGUUGCAGAAGUUUGGCAAUCAGAAUGAGCACGUUUUGGCCGCCACUCACAUCAACAUCGCUGAAUCCCGGAUGCACGCUUCACCCACGUAUGAAUGGGGUGUCGAGAAGGAGUUGGAUCGGAGGGGAGUUCAGAUGGGGGAGUUGACGCGGUCGGAAGAUGGCGCAUUAGCGUCGCACUCUCAUACAUGGUACCAUCCUGUGACGGUCACCAUCACCACUUGGAUCCGUCCUCCUAACAGGCGAUUGAACCUCAACUCUCGACAUCAUGCUUACUAUGCGAGUGCCGUACUUUACCCCAACCAGAGCGAGCAGGCCCUCGCCAAAGUUCAAAACAUGUUCCAACGCACGCUGGAGAGAGUGCGCGACACAGUUGUUGACCACCUAGAGACUGAGCACGCAGAUGACGAUACGCUCCUCGACUCACUCCAAGCCAUGAGGGACUGGUCUCCACCAAGGGAGCUGCUCGAUUGGAACAAGUGCAGCAAGGAACUGCGGGCAGCGAUGAAGCAGACCGGAUUCAAUCGGUACCGCUCAUGGCACCGCAGCUUCCUCAAGCGUGUAGCCGAUGAGUCCGAGGUCUCGGGAUCUAGAUCUGGACCGAGCAAGAGGGGCAGGGUCUCAUAG